CUACCUCAUGGAGGUAGAGAGACUGUUCCGAACAAACCCUCGGCCCUAGAAAAUUACGCCCUCUUAUUCUCAAAAAGUUGUAUUAUCAAUAGGUCACCUAUCUACAUGACAAAGAAGAGUGCAGAACAUGGUUUCGUUUCUUAACCGCAAUUGUUCAUUUAAUGGUCUCAAAUUAUUGGCAUUGGUGAGAAGUACCAAGUAGGCCUUGUUGAUAUAAGAGAAGAAAGGAAGAAGCUUAUCAUUUAUUAUAUCCAAAACAGCUUCAUCCACAAAUAUUAGGCCCCAUAUCACCAUGGCCAACAGACAUCAGCACAUGAAUUUUCCUUUGGUUAGCAACAAAAACUUCAUCUCCAUAUUGUAUAAAUAAUCCAUCUUUCAUGAGUCUUUUCAUCAUCAAACACAAGCAUUAUAAAUUCAGCUAUCAAAGGUCUCUAAAUUCCUUAUUCACUUUCUUGUUUCCUAUGGCAACGCUCAAUACCAAGAAACUCAUCAAAAUGGCUAGGAGGUGGCAAAAGUUUGCGGCCAUGCAGAGAAAGAGGAUUUCACUUCCAAGAAAUGGCAGCGAUGCAGACAGUUACGGUACAUCCUCAUCCUCGAAAGUUGAAAAAGGCCAUUUUGUAGUCUAUACAGUCGAUCAAGCACGCUUUGUCAUUCCAUUGGUUUACCUUGAAAACGAGAUCAUUAGGCAACUUUUAAACAUAUCGGAAGAAGAGUUUGGAGUACCGAGUGGUGGCCCUAUUACAUUACCAUGUGAUUCAACUUUCAUGGAUUACAUCAUUUCGCUAAUCAAGAAAGGCAUAGCCGCUGGAGAUCUUCACAAAGCGUUGCUCCUCUCAAUUCCUUCUUGUUGUUGUUCAACUUCUUCUUUAAACAAAGAAUGGGGAAACCAACAGCUACUUGUCUAUUAAGUUAUACUAAGCAUUUAUUUUGUUCAUCCUAGCUCAAAGUAGUUCUUAGUGUAAACAAAUUGUAAAGUUCAUCAUACAACUUGAAUAUUAUUUUAUCAGAAAAUUUACCA